GAAGGGAGCUGGGAGGCUGCACAGCCAGGCACUGGAGCAGGACCAUCCACACGCGCAGCCAGCAGCACAGGAGCUGGGCUGUUCCUCUUCCUUUUUUUUUUUAUUUUUAUUUUUUAUUUUUUUUUCCGCCUCUCUCCAUCACUCCAGACGGGUUGAUUUAAUUACUGCUAUUUUUAAAUUAUUUUGCUACCUGACUUUUGCGUCGUUUUGAUCUACCUUGCCGACGCACGCACGCUCCUCUCUGUUUGUUUUGUUUUGUUUUGUUUUUAAUUGAAGGUUGUGCUAAGACUUUUUGGAAAGCCUUAAAAAAAGGAAAAGAGGGGGAAAGAAGCCAGCAAAAGACUGAAAAGCGCAAGAGAAAGUGGCAGCUAAGAAGGACUGUGAAAUCACCUCCCCUUUCUGGGGCUGUCCAUCAGAGCGAGAGUUGUACAUUAUUACUAUUGUUUUUCUUUCUCCAUCCAUCUAUCCACAUACUCACGCAGAGAGAGAGAGAGAGAGAGAGACAAGUACAGACAGUGAAACUCAACGAGACCAGCCAUGGUAGCAAGGGCUCAGCCUGAUCGGAAACAAUUACCACUGGUCCUACUGAGAUUGCUUUGCCUUCUCCCUACAGGGCUGCCAGUCCGCAGCGUGGAUUUUAACCGAGGUACCGAUAACAUCACCGUGAGGCAGGGGGAUACGGCCAUCCUCAGGUGUUAUGUAGAAGACAGAAGCUCCAAGGUGGCCUGGUUAAACCGUUCCGGCAUCAUUUUUGCUGGAGAGGACAAGUGGUCCCUGGACCCUCGAGUAGAGCUGGAGAAGAGAAACCCCCUGGAGUACAGCCUGCGGAUCCAGAAAGUGGAUGUCUACGAUGAGGGGUCCUAUACGUGUUCAGUGCAGACACAGCAUCACCCCAAGACUUCCCAGGUUUACUUGAUCGUGCAAGUUCCACCAAAGAUCUCCAAUAUCUCCUCGGACAUCACCGUGAAUGAGGGCAGCAACGUGACCCUGGUUUGCAUGGCAAAUGGACGUCCUGAGCCUGUCAUCACCUGGAGGCACCUCACCCCAACAGGCAGAGAGUUUGAAGGUGAGGAAGAGUAUCUGGAGAUCCUGGGGAUCACGCGAGAGCAGUCGGGCAAGUACGAGUGCAAAGCUGCCAACGAGGUUGCUUCAGCAGAUGUCAAGCAAGUCCGGGUCACUGUGAACUACCCUCCCACCAUCACAGAGUCCAAGAGCAAUGAAGCGGCCACAGGACGACAAGCCUUACUGCGGUGCGAGGCAUCAGCAGUGCCCACACCUGAUUUUGAGUGGUACAGGGAUGACACCAGGAUAAACAGCGCCAACGGUCUGGAGAUAAAGAGCACGGGGAGCCAGUCUCUGCUGAUGGUGGCCAACGUCACUGAGGAGCACUACGGGAACUACACCUGCGUGGCUGCCAACAAGCUGGGAGUCACAAACGCCAGCCUAUACCUUUACAAACGAGUUUUACCCACACUCCCCAACCCUUUUCCAGGACCCGGCACGGGGAGAGUAGACAACGGCUCCAUGAGUUUGGCCGUCCCACUGUGGCUGCUGGCAGCGUCCCUGCUCUGCCUACUCAGCAAAUGUUAAUACAAAUCAGAAUUAAAAAUAAUAAUAUUAAUAAUAAUUAAAAAAAAAAAAAAACAACAACCAACACGACAACAACGACGACGACAACACACAAAGCAAAACGCGUUAUACAGGAGACAGAGCGAAGAGAGGGGAGAGAGAAAAAAAGAGAGGGGGAGAGAGGGAGAGGACCGUUUCUUUCACAACUUUUGUGUGUUCAGGAGCGAAGAGGGGGGAGAGGAAAAAUCACAGCAAAGACGACUCAGCAACACUUAAUACGAUUUCUGACAAGCCGGCCGUCAAGUCACCGACCGUCUAGGAGGCAACACAAAGCGAGGGGGAGAAUGAGGCACCAGCAAGGAGCACGUCGCCGGAGGAUGCUGCCAAGUAAACACACCAACGAAACCCGCAAAGCCAGUCGAACAGAAGAUCCCUUUUCUUUUCUCUCCUCCUUCCUCUUUUCCAUACUCCUUCACCUGCCUUCCUUCCUUCCUUCCUCCUCUUUCAUUCUUUUGCAGAAAGAGGUCUUUGCUUCCGCGUCUGUAGCCACUUAACUUUUUGGAUGCCCUUGGUCAUUUUUUUGAGCCAACGCUCAGGCAGUUCAUACUUUUAGGGAAAAAAAAAAAAAAAAAGGAAAAAAAAAAAAAACAGAGCAAGUUAUCUGAAGCUCUCUGCACACUGGUGUCCCGUGAAGAACCCCUUCCUCUCCUCACCUCAUCCUGUGCUCCUGUGCACCGGGCUCUUGCUAAAAACCUUCCUUCCUGUACCCUCCUUCCUGCAACAUCACGCUCUGGCCUGAACUAAAGUUGUGUCGAUUCAACCGAAACCAUACUUUUAUUCUUAUUUCCUUUUUUUUUUUUUUUUUUUUCAAUUCUCUUCCUCUCCCCCUCGAUUUGACUACGCGUCUUUCUCUUUCUCCGGUGUGUGCCUGCGUGCGUGCGUGCAUGCGUGCAUGUGUGUGCGCGUGGCUCUCGCGCUCUGUCUCCUCUUUCUCUCUUUCUCCUGCUCUCUCUAAGCAUGCAAGAGGAACAGUCCAUGUGUACAUACGCUCAUCCCGCUGUAGAUAAUGUCCUGCCUUGUAAGUGUGAGACCAGAUGCUGACAGAUCACUCGGGCAGAGAAGAGGGGUGAGGAGAGAGGGGCAGCUGCAGCACAGGUUCCCCUGGUGGCCCUUCUCCAGCAUCCUCCUGGCCACCUUGCUUGCAAGAAUCAGCCUGCAUCCUUUUUUAACCCUUUUUUUUCCCCUCCCACCUGCACCUGUCUGGCUCUCAGCCUUCGAGCAGCAGCAUAGCAGCUCCUGCUACACCUCACGUGAGUGAGUGCACAGGUGUGUGUUUGUCCAAAUACAUAGAAAAAACGGGACUGCCCUGCGGUACGGCGUGCAGAGAGGAGGUGCCUGCUCCUGGGGAGGAGAGGCUGGGCCAGUAGAGGUGAGGGAUGAGACCUUGGCCAUGGCUGAGCAGCCUGUCCUGUAGGUACAGUGUGCGUAGGAGUGAUGCCUCGACUAAAAGCCACGCUGUGGUCAUUGCUUACCAUCUCAGUGAUCAUGCAAAAAUAGCGCCGAUGCCGCCCUUUUGUUGUUGUCCUCACCAUCCUCCCCGUUACAAGAAGUGUGUGCUGUGUAAGGGUGUGUGUGCGUGUGUGUCUUACCGCUGCUGUGAUGAAGCUCACUUUGCAAAUUACACAACUGAAACAAAUUGGGUCAGAAAAUGUCCAGGACCUGUGAAUGUAAGAG